AUGGCUCCAGACGGUACCUCCUGUACCUCCUAGUAGGUUAGAAGGUACUUAUUAAGGAUUCGUAUCCUUGAUAACAAGCGUUUAUAGCCCGACUCGCAUCCAAAACCGGAAGCCUUGUUUUGUUUUAACUUUAUUUAAAAUCUUUAUUUACAAUCUAGCUACUUAGCGCUGUUCCAAUCCACACACUCCUUACCAGAUGGUGGUGGUGUUGUGCACUAAAUGUCUGUUUGCAAACCGCCCGAAAAAACUUAAGAAGAAGAAGAAGGCGAAGAAGAAUCAUAAUCUAGCUACAUUAAGGAACCAUGCCAAAACUCAAGAGCAGUGUCCACUGCAGGACAAAUAAGAUAAAAGUAGUGCGGAAAACCAUUGGUGGCGGUGUUAAAUUUUCUUAUCUGUCAUCAGAUCCCAGCUCAAGUCAUACACACUCACCUGUGUCCACACCAAUCACACCUCUCACAGAAAACCCAAAUAAUACAGUUUCUAACUCUUUUGAUGAAGAGACAGCCUACUGUCAGGCUAAAAGAAAAGAACUAAACUCGUGGGAUUUACUGAAAUAUGAGCUAAUACAAGUGUCAUAUAAAUCUUCAGCACCUUCCUCUAACAUCUGCAGUAUUUGCAAAGAACUUGCUGAAUACCGCUGUUUGGAAUGCAGCAGUACCAGUGUAUUUUGUAAGACAUGCAUUGAGAAAAUACAUCAAAAUUCUCUGCACCUUCCAGAGAAAUGGAAUAAAACCUACUAUGAGGCAGCUUGGCAGCAGUUAGUUCUGCAUUUAUCAGGGGAUCACAUUACCCAUGGAUUGUACUCCAGGGAUAUCAACAUUUUUGUGAAUACGGGACAACUAUGCAACUGUAGAGUUGCUUUUUGUGCGUGUGAACCCGAGGCUUGCACCUUGUUAAAGUAUGGGCUUUGGCCUGCCACACCAGAGAAGUCUCUAACAGCCUUUUCAGUAGCUCUUCUUGAGCUGUUUCAUCAUUUCUCUUUAGAGUGCCAGGUCUCUGUUGAGGGAUUUUCCAAAACGUUACGGUGGAAGAAUAAUCUGUCUCUUGUGGAGGUUAAUAUGCUCUACAGAGCCCUGGUGGGAGAAUACAUUUCCCACUUUCGUCACUACCACUCCCGACGAAGAAGCUUAGCCGGUCUAUGUGACUUAUUUGAUGACGGGACGGCUUGCCCAGCAUGUCCAAAGGCUGAUGGCACCAUGAUUGUGACUAUGGAUGCCAACUUUGGCCUUGUAAGAAAAAGGAGCUCCGGAAAAAGUGUGACAGAGCCCUUGCAUGGUAACAGCAUGUUUGUGAGGGAUGAGGAUGUAGAGGAAUAUCUCUUGUCACAUCCUGAUUGCUCUAAACCAACGGAAGUGAGUAAAUACUGUUAUGUUUUUUCUUGUCAUUCCUUUAUCAUUAGUCCUUAUUACCUCUUAAUUACGUUGCUGAUAAAUAACAAAGUUAUUUCUACAUUUGCAGAUGGUAAGUGUUGGGAUUUAGGAUUUGAGUAUGGGCGUCUUUCGUUAUUACGCUUAUAA